GACGCGUUUACCGUGAUACAAUUGUAGAGAAAGCAGUUUUUGGUGGACUUGCCUGUCGCAAUUUUAAGCACCGAACGGAAGGAGCGGAAGACAAAUGGAGUGUAUAGACAAAGGUGCUCAAGCCCAUGGAAGUGUUUGCUAACCAGUGAAGCAAUUGUAUGCCGCCGCAGAUCUUCUGCAUUCUAGGUGCGUUACGAAUAUAGCGGUACAGUGAGAUUAUUAAGGCCUCAUGGAGUUGGGUACCCGACGAGCGCUGGACGCCACCACCACCACGACCCCCUCCUCUCUCCACACGUCCACCGACAGCCAGCCCUGAGCGACGGGUUCGCACCUCUCCCCUCCCCCUCCCCUCUGCCACACCCCUGCCCCCUCCGCCCGCCACCCGCACCGUCUGCCCCUCUCCCCCUCCCCCCCUGCUGCUCUGCUGGCUCCCCCCGUCCUCCUCCUCUCCCUCCGCCCCUCCGCUCCUCCGCCGUCGGCCCCCGAGAUGAUCGGCAAACUCAAGCAGAACCUACUGGUGGCCUGCCUGGUCAUCAGCUCGGUCACCGUCUUCUACCUGGGCCGGCACGCCAUGGAGUGCCACCACCGCGUCGAGGAGCGCGGCGGCGGCGGCGUCGUCCAGCCGCUGGUGCUGGGCAGCAGCCUGCGCGCCACGCUGCGCACCGGCCAGAACCUCAGCAGCCCGUUCGUCUACAACAAGGACAUGCCGCUCAUCUUCAUCGGCGGCGUGCCGCGCAGCGGCACCACACUGAUGCGCGCCAUGCUGGACGCCCACCCGGAGGUGCGCUGCGGCGAGGAGACGCGGGUCAUCCCGCGCAUCCUGGCCAUGAAGCAGAUGUGGAGCCGCUCGGGCCGCGAGAAGAUGCGGCUGGACGAGGCCGGCGUCACCGACGAGGUGCUGGACUCGGCCAUGCAGGCCUUCCUGCUGGAGAUCAUCGUCAAGCACGGCGAGCCGGCCUCCUACCUCUGCAACAAGGACCCCUUCGCCCUCAAGUCCCUCUCCUACCUGGCCAAAAUCUUCCCGCACGCCAAGUUCAUCCUCAUGAUCCGCGACGGACGCGCCUCCGUCCACUCCAUGAUCUCGCGCAAAGUGACCAUAGCCGGCUUCGACCUGGGCAGCUACCGGGACUGCCUCACCAAGUGGAACCGGGCCAUCGAGACUAUGUACACGCAGUGCCUGGAGGUCUCGGACAAGUGCCUGCCCGUGCACUACGAGCAGCUGGUCCUGCACCCGGAGAAGUGGAUGAGGACGCUGCUGAAAUUCCUCAACAUUCCCUGGAACGAGGCAGUGCUGCACCACGAGGAGCUCAUCGGAAAAGCUGGAGGCGUAUCGCUCUCCAAGGUAGAGCGGUCGACGGACCAGGUGAUCAAGCCUGUCAACGUGGAGGCCUUAUCCAAGUGGGUGGGCAAGAUCCCGGCCGACGUGCUGCGCGACAUGGCCGUCAUCGCUCCCAUGCUCUCGCGGCUCGGCUACGACCCGCACGCCAACCCGCCCAACUACGGCCGGCCCGACCCCCGGGUUCUGGACAACACUAGAAGGGUCUUUAAGGGUGAAUUUCAGCUACCUGAUUUUCUAAAAGAACAGUCACAGCUCCAGAAAUCUCCAGAGAAGCCCAAUCCCAGUUAGGGAAGGAUGGAGACCAGGAGGAUCCAACACACCCAUUGAGGGCACAGCUGGGCCUAUAGCAGCCAGACGGAUGUGGGCAUCUGUCACUCUCACCACGCUGGGACUAUUAUGAAUGGCUAUAGACACACACACACACACACACACACCCCCACACACACAGAGACUCUCUCUUUGACGCAUACACACAAACACACAUAAUCAUGCAGUGCAUUUUAGAGCAUCUUAGAGCAAAGUAUAUUCAUGAACAGACACUUGUGUAGACACACACACACACACACACACACACACACUCCCACACAGAUGGCCAUGGACCAGCCUGCACCACUUUAUGGAGAACUUGUUUGGCCUUUGAUGUUGUACUGUAACAUAUGUGGCCUAAGAAUGUCAUUGCUGUUUAUUUUUCUCAUCACACAGUACUCAUUGGAAUUUUUCUCCUUCGCUACAUAAACCUGUGAUUCUGUUAUAAGAAGAAACAGUGAACUUCAAUUGCAAAAAGAAGUAUUUAUGAACGAGUUCAAAAAGUUAGCUUUUAAAAGAUGCAAUAUCUAUUUUAAUGUUUGAUUUUUUUCCCCCAUGCCUUUGUAUUGUGCAAUUCCUUGGGUACUUGCGUAUACGCAUCACCAAUUCGAGGUGUUGAUCAUGUGAAGCCGAACAGCAUUUUGUAAACCUGUACUUACCAUGGAGUGGUCUUUUUGUAUAUGGAGAGCCGUAAUAAAUGAAUUGUCAGUGUUGAAGGCAGGUUGCCCUCCCCAUCUGCUCCAUACAUCAAGCUACGCUAACGUCAAAGUGACAAAAAAAUGAUUGUGGUAGGUCUAUGCAUAGAAAAAUUAAAUUAUUUUGAACUUCUUCAAAAAAAA